AUGAAGUUCCUCACCGAUGCUUUUUUGCGAGGAAUCAAUGUACAAGAAAUUGUUUAUUAUGGAUUUUAUACAGUGAUCUGCGUGACAACAUUGAUCGCUGUUUUUGGAAUGUGUUCUGACGAUGGGAAAGCCGUUGGUUCUACCGUAACACCAAGUAAGUUACGCCAUAGUUUCAUUUCUUGAUACUACUUCUGUUGCAUAUUAGGUGAAUAUUAUACACGAUUAUGAUUUACUUUUCACUGAGUCGUUCUUUAUAUGAGGACUGUAGAAAAACCAAGCACCAGUUCUGAAUUAGUGCAUUUACUCACUAUUUUGUAUAACCAUUUUGUUAUUCUCCUAACAAUAAAGUUGUUUGGAGGUUGACCAUGUUUUCAGAUACCUAUUUGCCUAGACGCGCGAACAUAGCUGUUUCGUUUUGCUAGCACUGAAAUGUUGAAAAAAUUUUGACUAGCUUUCUAUAAUGUAGAUUUGACGUUUACCAAAUAUUACCCGCUAAAAAGAAAAUAGAAAUUUUUAAUGAGUUGGUUUAUAGUUCCACCUUGAAAGAUUUUCCUUUUCGCUCAACAACAAAUAAAAGAAGUGGACGGCUAGCAGCAAAACCAACCAGCACAAAAGCAACAGAUUUUUUCCAUGCAGCUAGGGCCAUACAGAGCGCUGUGUCAAGCAACAGUGUUCUAAUGUGCUUAAGCAAACUUAACCAGCAGGAGUAAAACAGCUGUCUCGCGGUGUCUGCCUUGCGCCGUAAUCAUACUGGCUCUUACCUGCCAGGUACUGGUAAGUUAAUCUUCACUUAACGUCAGAAUACCACAAGUGAGCUUCUCAAGCCAACCGAGUGUCGCUCAUGAAUAAGUUAUGUAGUAUAACUACAUAAAAUUCAAAUUAAAGUUAAAUUUUUAGCACCGUCAAAAUUCACAGAUAUUGGUACAGUACAACUACAUGAAAAAUCCAUGAAAUAACAUUUCUGCUCCUCAAAAAUGCUGCCAUAAAACAGGAACGAACCAUUUUUGUAAAGGUGGUAGAGGAAGGAGUUCAAAAUUUGUUAAGACAUACUGCAACUGUUCUACCGCACCAUCGCGUAUAAGAUUCAUACCUCAUCAGUCCUCUCACUUUGAACCUUAUGGAAACUCUGAAGUACCUUUCGGCAAUUCAAGGUUUUUUUAAAGUAGUCUUUCAAAUGGGAAGCUAAUUAAAAAGAGGUCUACAGAAGUCGUUUGUCAAAUGAAAAUGUUAAAUGGAACCACCACGCAGAGGUUCCAAAACCCGGUUGAAAGUUAUUCAUGUUUAUAAAUUCUUUUUAUUAACCCCUACGAAUCGAGACCAAUGGGACGCAUCUAAGAUGAGUCAGGGGCACCCAACGUCAAUUUUCGGAAAGUAUCUGUUCGGAAGACGAUUUGGGAUCUAGAAUUUUGGGAACAUUUGUUGUAAAAUUUCUUGCUUGCCUGCCUCUCCUAGGAUUUUCGAACAGCUAAAAAAUGGUAUAAUUGCCUAUUUUUAACGGAUUUUUACCCUACAAAGGUCACCUAGAAUUUUCGGGAGCCUUUUUUCCGGCUAAAAUUUUCGAAAAGGUAAGUUUUGAUCCCUAUAAUUUUCGGAUCACUGGACUUUCAGCUAGGAAUUCCGAACAGAUGAAAAGUUUUUAGGGGAUAAAAAUAUGCCUAUAUGUACCGUUUAAAUUCUAAAAUACGUUCAACAAUGCUAUGUUUAAGUGGUUUUGAACCAUAUUCUCGUUGGGUUCCCCUGAUGAGUAAGAGGCACGAAAAUGAACGGAGCUGUUCGUGGCUUAUUGUUCAUUGUUCUGUCACUUUUCUCGUUUUAGUCACGAUUUUAGACUUCCUGUUUGCUCGUUUUUAUAAGUAUAUACAUUAUUCAUUGCCAUCUUUUUCUUUCACAAUCCGGUACUCAUCGGUGCCAUCUUGCGGUGACAGGAGACACAAAUUUUAACCAGGUGGCAAGAAUGGCAGAUAGAAGCCUUCUAGUUGUUUACUUGUAGAAAAAUUGUACUACUUUUCUAGAUAUUGCAAGAUUAGAACACUUUCUGGUGAUCCCUAACGAGUGUUGACCGCGAAAACUGCCGAUUCGUGCUCGAAUUGCAUGAAGAAGGAUAUUACCGGAUCACGACCAGCUGCCCUUUUGCAAGCGCCAUUGCAGUUUCCUCGGCAACGAAGAGGGGCCCUAAUCGGGUAGACUACCCUAAAAUGGACGGUCAUCGCCUGUUUGCAAGUGAGCAAAAAAGAAACUUUUUUAGGUACCCAAGAAAAAGCAUAUAAAGCACAUUAUAUAUACGUUUGUUAACAGGAAAAUACAGUGAUAUUUAAUAAUUGUGGUGAAAUAUUAUCGUUACCUGCGACCAAUAAUCACUUCCUUUGCUCUUCUCAGAAGUAAAAACUGUUUAUUUAAGACAAGGUGUUUGAUGGAUUUCACCCGCUCAUAUCAAGACAAAAUAUUAGAGUUUGUUUCAUUAAUAUUGUUGCUAUUACGAAAAACAGUAAUAAUUUGGGGGUUCCUCAGUCGAGUAUCAUGAAGCUCGUAUCUCGUGGUUUUUCGCGAGGAAUCAGUGUACAAGAAAUUCUUUGUUAUGGAUUUUAUACAGUGAUCGGAUUGGCAACAGUGAAUGCUUUUUUCGAUGGGAAAGCCGUUGGAUCUAGUUCUACGAUAACAUCAAGUAAGUCAUGCUAUAUUUUCAUUUCUUGAUAAUACAUCUGUUAUGAAUAUUGUGUAUGAUUUUUUCACGGAGUUCGUUUCUGCUUUAAGCCGGCAUUCUGGCAGAACAGAAAUCCUACUUUUCUCCUUUUUUUUUUCAUAUAGUUACUGAACUCGUAUCUGUUAAAAUUUUACUCAUGAAAAUUUUGGAGGGGUGGGGGGACAUGUGGGUUUACAGUAUUGCGGCAUUAAACUUUUUUUCAAGCGGUAUUUUCAAUAUGCGGUAUUGUGGUAUCAUCGAGCCCUGCGGUACGCGCUUUCUCAUCCUUUUGGGUAACGGUAUCGGUAAAAGAUCUUUCGCAGUAUUGAGGCAAAUUGCGGCACUGUUCAUUUGCCCUCUCCUCUCUAAAACGGGUUGAUAUUUUUUGGAUUUUACAUUUAAUGGUCAAUGAUUACACACGUUCUGACUCUUAAUCUAUGAUGAAGUUGGUAGGGUUUCCAGUUACCGGGCUUUUCGAUAGUUGUACCGAUCAAUUCUAGGUAUUCUUACGUUUUCUCGCUAUGGCUGAGGUUGAUUUCUGCUGCAUAUAUCCUUGAGAUAAACACGCGAGAUGAAUGCAACUUUAAGAAAGCGUGACCGAUCAUAAAUGCGGUAUCGGUAUUUUUCCGAUUUUUGGUAGUUGCCAAUUUUUCUUACGGUAUUGAGUAUCCCCCAAUUCCCCCCUUAUAUAAGCUUAUGUAGUUAUACGACUUAUACUACAUAACUUAUGAGCUACACUCGCUUUGCUUGGGCAGCCAUCACUAGAUAAAGAUUUACUUACAAGUUCCUGACAAGUUAGAUCCAGCAUGUUUAGGGCUCAAUCCCAUAUAAAAGUGACCGGGAUGCUCGUCGUCUCGCUUAGGGAUGAAAUUGAAGAUUUUGGUAUCACUUAGGGUGUUUGGGAUGGAAAGUCACUACAUUUGCACAUUCAGGUAUCGCUUAUCGCUUACGGCUGUGCAUAAAGAAACAAUGCAGGCGUUCCUUUCCUUUCUCUCUCGCGCGCACCCAAAUUCCCCCCUUCCCCUUUUAACGCCUGCCGCGCAGGCUAGUCCUAGUAUGGUCUCCUUUAUUUUCUGACGGGCAUCCCGUCACUUUUAUAUGUGAGUUCCCCCCGGAGGCUCAAUGCACACACCGCGAGACAGCUGUCAGGUUGUUUGCUCUGGAUCGGAGGGAAUUUAAUAGUUAGUUUUGGUUGAACAAUAUAUAUUUCAUAUAUUAUGGCGCAUUAUUGACCAUCAAUAUUUGAUCGAAACAAAACGAAACAGCUGUCCUUGUAUGUACGUUUGUUGUUACCACCGAAGUGAGUCAGACAAUCUGAAUGUAUAACCGCCAGGGUAAUAAAUGCCGUGUCAAAUACUCCACGAGCUGGACAAGCACCGAUAGGUUUUACCUGAAUUUUAGUUUGUUUUUUUGGAAAUAUCGUUUUUAUCAAACGGAAUUAUAUUAUAUGCUAUGUUAUAUCGAAAUUAAGGCAUUUAUCAUCAUUAGACAAUUUGGCAUUUGUGUUUUCUUGAUGGGUUUUUGGUGACUAUUGUGCGGUGCGAUUAGUAUGGUCUAGCCUGCGAAGUCGGCGGGAUUAUUAUUUAGCGUGAGUAUAGUCUUGACAAGUGUCCCUUCAAUAGAGGUAAGAUACAAAGACUAAAAGUGAAUAUUUUUCCGGAGCCAAAUUUUUGAAUAGAGGUGUACCAAGGCCGAGGUUCCACUGUAAUUUCAGUGUCUUUAGAUUUCUACAGACAAACGUGAAUGUAGAGCCUGUGAGUUUCCGUUCUUUUUUUGUCCAGAUGGGACAACUGGGCGCUCAUUUGAGCCAGUUGGAUGCUUUCUUGAUAAACCUGAACCACGUGCUCUGCCAAACCGCGUCAAAGAUUUCAAAAUGCCUGUUGACUGGCACAAGAUGAAUUCCUCCUUCAUGGCAAUCAUUCACGCAUGCGCUGAAAAUGUAAGCCAACGGUAUGGCUUUCAAUACUUUGCUGUGCAGAGUUACUACGAAUGCUGGACGGGGCCUAAUGGAGGGUUGACCUACAACAGGCACGGUCAAAUCGACGACUGCUACGAGUUUGGGUAUUACGGUGUGGGAAAAUAUUGGAGUAACUUUGUGUAUCGUUUUGUGAAAGGUAAGUUAGCUGUGCUGUUUAUAUUAAAACAUGAAUGAAAUUAAAAUCACCAUCCUUGAGUUCCCGGGGUGUUGUCCAGGGAGUCCCGGGGACCAAUAUAAAGGGAAAGACGUUGGGAACGAGGUUGUGAGUACUUUACUUAUGUAUACUUUCACUCCAUAGUAAAUGGCGGGUGGAGUCACUGGUCACCAUGGCAACCCUGCACUGUGACAUGUGGAUACGGGUACAGAAUUCGCACCCGGAAUUGUACCAGUCCACCGCCCAAAUGGGGAGGACAAGAAUGCACUGGCACAAACGUCUCCACCAGCAACUGCGGUCUUCAGAGAUGUAAAAGUAAGAGUGAAAUUAGUUUGUUUCAUCUCAUCAUGGAUGUUUAAAUGAAAUUAGCCUGUGAUGAUUUUAACAGUAACAUAGAGGGUGGAUUAAUCUCGCUUCAGUUGCAAACGCAAACGCGCUAACGUUUUCUAAUGAUUAUUUUCCCCCAACUGGUCCAUGUCAAAAGUUAAAAAAAACCGUGGAAGGGUCUGUUAGCCUCACUUUGGCUAACGGUUUGGGUAACUCGGAAAUGAAAUCUCGUACCCAGAUCUCUUGUCCAAGAAGCCGAAGGCGAGAUCUGGUCAAGUAAGAAAAUUCAUGUUUUUUUGGAUUGGCUACUCAAACUCCCUAGAUAGUGAGGGGAUGACGUAAGUGCUGUCAUCUGCACGCGCUAUGUCGUAUGCAAUUUUGCGAAAUGGCGUUUUUUCACCUUUAUUUAGCAAAUAUGUCCUUUUCGUCUGAAACAAAUUGUGUGCACCAAUAAAAAGAUUAAUAUGUCGAAGAGUCUGGGGACUUCUCAUUUUGUUGACCGUACAAGAACUCAUUUCGCAAAAUAGUAAGUUUUCUAGAAUUACUAUUUUGCGAAAUGGCGUUUUUUCACCUUUGUUCAGCAAAUAUGUCCUUUUCGUCCGAAACAAAUUCUGUCCACCAAUAAAAUGAUUAAUAUUUCGACGAGUCUGGGCACCUCUCAUUUUACUGACCGUACUAUAACUCAUUUCGCCAAGUAGUAAUUUUGCCAGAACUACUAUUUUGCGAAAUGGAUUAUCUAGGCUCUUUUAUGAUGCAGUGAAGUUGUUUUUGUAUGUGUAAUAAUAUGAUAAUAACAAUAAUAAUUAUAAUAAUUUAUUAUUUGUAAGGCGCAAAAAUAGCAUUUGAAUAUGAUCUAAUGCGCUUCAUUGCGUAAACAUCAAUUCGUGAAAAGUUCUGAACUGAAGACUGCGUAUUUUUAUGGGUAAACGCAGGAAUUUCUCGGAGAGUGGAUGGAGAGGAAUAACCUAUCGAAAUUAAAGUCUGUGUUUGAAGGUAUGCUUUAAAAUUUAACUCGGACGGGUGUAUGGUGCGUACUCGAAUGCAUUCCUUUGUUGCUUUUUUUAUUGCAAAAGAAACAAAUUCUUGUAUUCUUGGUAGAGUGUAUUUCGUAGAGCGCUCAAUUUAUUUGAAGAACAUUGACUAUUAACAACUUCACAGGAGCUCAGGCUUUAGGAGUAAUCAUCGAUCGUUUAUUGCGACAGUACUGUUUCGUAUAUAUGGUCCAAAUUAUAGGGCCACACUCAUCUAUAUAUAUAUUUUGAUAAAUAAUAAAUAAAAGUGAAAAAAGGUCAUUUCGCAAAAUAGUAAUUCUGAAAAAAUUAGUACUACAACAAGCACGGACAAACCGACGGCUGCUACGACUUUGGGGAUUACGGUGUGGGAAAAUAUUGGAGUAACUUUGUGUAUCGUUUUGUGAAAGAUAAGUUAGUUGUGCUGUUUAUAUAAAAACAUGAAUGAAAUUAAAAUCACCAUCCUUGAGUUCCCUGGGAACUUGUCCAGGGAGUCCCGAGGACCAAUAUAAAGGGAAAGACGUUGGGAACGAGGUUGUGAGUACUUUACUUAUGUAUACUUUCACUCCACAGUAAAUGGCGGGUGGAGUCACUGGUCACCAUGGCAACCCUGCUCUGUGACAUGUGGAUACGGGUUCAGAAUUCGCACCCGGGGCUGUACCAGUCCACCGCCCAAAUGGGGAGGACAGGAUUGCACUGGCACAAACGUCUCCAUCAGCAACUGCGGUCUUCAGAGAUGUAAAAGUAAGAGUGAAAUGAGUUUGUUUCAUCUCAUUAUGGAUGUUAAAAUGAAAUUAGCCUGUGAUGAUUUUAACAGUAACAUUGAGGAUGGAUUAAUCUCGCUUCAGUUGCAAACGCAAACGCGCUAACGUUUUCUAAUGAUUAUUUUCUCCAACUGGUCCAUGUCAAAAGUUAAAAAAACCCUGGAAGGGUCUGUUAGCCUCACUUUGAAACAAACCCUCGAAAAUGAAAUCUCGUACCCAGAUCUCUUAGCCAAGAAGCCGAAGGCGAGAUCUGGUCAAGUAAGAAAAUUCAUUUUUUUUGGAUUGGCUACUCAAACUGCCUAGAUAGUGACGGGAUGACGUAGGUGCUGUCAUCUGCGCGCACUAGGGCGUAUGUAAUUAAUUUUUUGCGGUCUUGAUCAAAAAAAAUAUUUUCGCUGAAUAAGCAGUUUUCCGUCCCAAUACUAAUUAAUAGAUUGUAAAACCUUAUUUAUCUUUUCUAACUGAGGUUUCUUAAAACAAUCUUUGGUAGAUAAAGAUCUUUGAAUAUAUACGGUCAAGAGCCAUAAUGGCUCUUGAUACGGUAAAAAAAAUGUCGCGUAGAAAUUGACGAGUACUGCCUUGAACCUUGAGCGCGCGCGCGCUGUGAUGAUGAUUAAAUUGUUUCUUUUGGGGGAGCGGUGCGUGACAUCCAAAAAACGGCUGCGAGGGAGACUAAUUCACUUCACUCUUGCUGGAUUUUCAGAUCAGACGGUUAUGGAUGAAUUUGAGCCAGUUGGCUGCUUCAAAGACAAAGGCAACCCACGUGCUUUGCCAGUCUUACUCAAAAGUUUCCAAAAGCUCAUAAAUUGGCACAAACCCACCACGUCGUUCAUGGCAGUGAUUCGCGCAUGCGCGGCAGUAGCUCAGAAUCAUGGCUUCCGAUAUUUUGGCGUCCAAGACUACAAAGAGUGUUGGAGUGGAAAAAAUGGCGAUUUAUCGUACAACAGGCAUGGCAUAUCUUACGACUGUCAAGGGCUUGCUCACGGCGUUGGAAAGGCUUGGACUAAUUUUGUUUACCGUUUUAAAAGAGGUGCGUUUCCGAUAGUCUCCUUAGCAGCCGUCUUGUCUGGUCACGCAACGCUCCUCCCCUCCUGUUGGGAAGGAGUGUUGGGUGACGAGAAAAAACCGCUGUGAGGGAGACUACGUUUUCAACUUCUUCUUCUUAAAAUUUACUAUAUGGAUUGAGCUGAGGUAACAUGUAUUAAAAUCGUUUCUUACGUUUCUUUCGACAACUGAUUUAUAGUGAACGGAGAGUGGAGCCAGUGGUUUCCAUGGCAACCAUGCAGUGUAACAUGUGAUACAGGAAACAGAUCACGCGUUCGCACGUGUACGGAACCAGCACCAAAAUGGGGAGGACAGAAUUGCAUUGGUAUCAACAUGUCCAUCAAUGCCUGCUCUGAGCGCAAAUGUGCAGGUAAUGAAAUGCCAUGAAGUGUAUUAAUACAGCGCGUGUACAGAGCGUUUUCACAUAACGUCGUGAUAGCGGUCAUAUUGGUUUCUAAACAAUGCAACUGCGACCAUGUUGAUGUACUAAGAAAAUCCUAUGGGGAGUUGGACACUUUUCUGAUGUAUUAAUAUGUGGUUAACUUUGUUAGAAUAGACAAGUUGAUUUGUUUGCAUCGUGCAUCGUAAUUAUUGGUUCCUUGAGGUACAAAAUGAAUUUCUUUCACAAAGGUGAAUUGAACUGUACGUCUUCAAAGCGCCAUAAGCGCACUUUUUUUUUGAGUGUAUUUAUCAUUUUAAAUACUAAAAGAUUGUCUGCUAAAUGUAUCUUCUGUAGACUCGAGUAAAAGGAGCCAUCUUCAAAGCUCAAGUAAAUCCGGGUUGUUAGCACCACUUCUUGGAAGCUUUAUUGGCCUUGUCUUCCUUGGCGCAGCUGUUUGGUUUGGUCUGAGAUUUUUCAGAAAUCGGUAAGUAACUGAAGAAUACGGCUGUUAAUGUCGUAUACUGGGAGUGCUUCUUAGUGCAUCUUAGUGCAACGCAAUUACCAAAGGUGACAAAGCCUGAAACUGCAAUUUAAAUUGGUGGAGGAGUGUCGGGGGAGGAGGGGAGGAACAGGGGGAUCCGAACCUCCCGUACUUUGCAUUCCCUGUUCCCGCUUCUUAGUGCAACGGAAUUACCAGAGGUGACAAAGGUUUUGAACUGCAAAAAAAUUGGUAGGGUGCGGGGGUGGGGGGAUACCAGGGGAUCCAGACCUCCCGCCUAUCGCACUUUCAAUUCCCGGAUCCCGGCCCUUUUUUUUCUUGGUUCCUCCCUUCAGCUCUUUGUGGACUGCAAAAUACUAAUCGUUGAAGCGUAAUUUAAUGUUCUGGGAUUACUAGAUGUGAAUAAUGAAAAAUAAAAAAAAAGAAAUACAUUAUUAAUGUGCUAUAGUAAUGCCUUAGAUAACACUUUUGCUUUUCAGGUGCUCGUAAAAUUACACCCACCCACCCCGCCCCACCCCAUCCCCGCCCCCCUUCCCCUAGUAAGGGAAUCCGGAAGUUUUGCUUGUAGAAUCCGAAACCCGGGAAAACUUUGUUUGUGAAAUCUGGAAUCCUGGACCUUGGAAUCCGGAAUACAGCUCAAAGAAUCCGGAAUCCCACUAAGGAUUGGAAUCCGGAAUCCAAGUUCCACUGACUAGGAGUGGAAUCCGGAAUCCAUGGCAUGGAGUCCAGAAUCCAAGACUGUCUUGGAUUCUCUUACAUAGGGCGAUACACAGCUCUUUCGUCAAAUAAGGGCGGGAAUCAUAAUACCAAGGUGUUGGAUAUGUCUCAAUAGAUUUCUUUGAUUUUUAGAACAAAUUCCGAACUCACUGAUCAUUGGGAAGUCCACUUUGAUGACAUCACUUUGUCUAGGAUUAUCGGAGAAGGUGCAUUUGGAAAAGUAUACAGUGGCGACUUUUUUAAAAAAUCAGAUGGCUCACGGAGUAGAAGAAUUUCCAGUCGUUGGGGAAAGAAGGACACAAAAGAUCAGAAAAAACCUCUCAGAGUAGCGGUGAAGAUGUUACGAAGUAAGAUUUACGACUAUAAAAAUGUUCAACCUCACACUUUUAAGAUCCGUUGUAGACCAGUUUCUCAAAGUCCUUUCCCUUCGUCACUCGCGUAGCGUCCCUCGUGCCUUCGGCGCCCCCUCGCGGUCGACUUGUGGCAAGUCUGGAUCGGUUGUUAAACAUGAAACCUUAACUUCAACCUAUUCUUAACAUUAAUUCUAAACAUUAAUAAUGUUCGAUAUGGUUCUUGCUUUAAAACGAAGCUUUGCAGGGAACUGAAGAGAAUAUUUGUAGCUAUACCGAGGCAGUGUUAGUUCAGUCGGUAGAGCGUGUUGACUGCAGAGCGGAAGGUCGCGGGUUCGAUUCCUGGGGCCGGACUAAUACUCAGGGUCUUAAAAUAACCGAGAAAUGAAGGUACUCCCUUUGCACUGCAACAGGCUAGACCUUCGCGUGGCUCGGAUGACCACGUAAAAUGGCGGUCCCGUGUCCAGUUGGAGACGUAAAAUAUAGUGUCCCCAAUUAGUACUUUCGUGCUAAAUACAUUGACACUCAAAUAAAGUGCUUUUUUUUUCCAGAAGUUUUCUCUUUCCCUAGCGUUAUAGCGAGAAUGUAACAGAACUCGUCAAUUUUGUUCCGUUUUUUUUUUUUAUAAUUAGAUGGUGCCACGGAGGAGCAAAAGCAAGACUUCCUGGGGGAAAUAGAACUCAUGAAACAGAUCGGAUAUCACAGGAACGUAUUGAACUUAUUGGCUUGCUGUACUUUGACAACUCCUAUGUUCCUAGUUGUCGAGUUUGCGAAAUAUGGUGAUCUCCUUAAUUAUCUCAGGCAAAGAAGAGAACAGGUUAGAGAUCUGAAUGUUACGUUCCUAAUUUGUUACUGGUUGUGCUAUACUUUUUAAGUCUCAUUUCGUAAAUCUAAGAAGAGUCUAGGGGAAUUAAAUUAAUUUUUGAGCUAACUAUUUUGUUUGUUUGUUUGGUUUUAUUUGUCAUGUUAUCGCUAGUUCUAACUCAACACGAUACCAAGAUACAGCCCAGGAUAUUUUUUAUUAAUCUGUCUUUAGGCGUAGUGUAUUUAUCGUUAAACUUUAGGGAAUCAAAACAUUGAGAUCAGGAUGAUCAACGAAAUGAAGACAUAACACGUAUGGCGAUUCUUUUUCGUUCCUAUCUGGGUCCCUUUUUUCAAGUUAUCUUGAAGUAAAUGUGUGAUAGAUAGGCAAUCUCCGAGUUCCAAAAACUCUCACUUUCAAAACGACACCAAGUGCAAAACCUUUCGUGUGGAAACAAGUAUUAUAAAUAUCAAUCGCUACCACUUAGCCUCGCUUUGAAACCGACGCUAGGAACAACUAUAUGGGCUAUAAAAAUGGCCAUUAUUGAUAGGGUAGAGCGUUUGGGGAAAGGUAUCAUUUUUGCUCAGUUUUUUUGGUCAACUGAGGAAACAGCUACUCUAGGAUAGGGGGAUUUGGGGAGUUUACUCUAGUAUAGGGCAGAAAAACUUUUCUGGUAUAGGUCAAGGGUUCCAGGGAAUGUGCCCCGGGGAACAACUCAAAAAAGAAUGGUAAAGGAAAGUUCUUUAUCGUUGUUUUUUCAUUUCUUUCUUGAUAGUGCGCCACUUAUGUAAAUACAUCCACCAUAACCCGCCAAGCGACCCCCAAGGACAAAGGCGAACAUUGUAAUAAUGUAGUUACAGAUGAUGAUGAAUUACAUGACGAUGGAAAGCUGACACCUGCUGACCUACUAACAUUCGCAUGGCAAAUCGCGAAAGGAAUGGUAUAUGUUUACACUUUGUUAUUUUGUUGUUUUGUUUGGUUGUUUGCAAGGUCCAAAUCUCCUUUUCUUUAAUUUUCUGCCAGCUCGAAAUUAUUAAGCAACGCAAUUGUUUCCAUCUUUCUAAAAUAGUGCAUAGCACCACAUAAUUUCAAGGUGUGACCUCGGUCUGCUAAUGAUGAUUUGGCAACAUAUAAUGUUUUACCAUUUUGUUUCUUAUUUCUCUUAUUUGUCAGACAUAUAAGGGACUGUCCUGUAACAAAUAAUUCUUGUUUCUUUCUUUAGGAGUUUUUGUCAGGAAAAGGCUUUGUUCACCGUGACUUGGCAGCGAGAAAUGUGCUUGUUUGUGAAGGCAAGCUGGUCAAGGUCGCGGACUUUGGUUUGUCGCGUUACAUUUAUACGGAGAAGGUUUAUCAUUGCAAGAAAGCUAGAAAACUACCGAUUAAAUGGAUGUCACCAGAAGCGAUCCAUGAUCAAGUUUUCACGACGGAAAGUGACGUGUACGUUUCCAAUGUCACAUGAUCAGAACCUACGCACCACUUUCAGUGGUUCAUUGAUGACUUAUCUAUUUUACACCUCGUGCGUACCUUAGAUCCUUUGUCGAUCUCUUUCACUCAUCUCUAAAAAAACGUCUAUUUGUAACAUGUGUUAGGUUUCCUUAACUGGGGGUUGAAUCGUUCCUAAUCGUCUUAUAUUAGGCUGAUUUAGCAACAGAAGGGGAACGUCAGUUGACAACGGCGCGUGCAAAUUAAACAACUGGCUUGACCAAUGGCAGAGCUGCAAAUUGGGCACCGGAAGUCGUGUUUAGUCCUUUUCGUGUGCUUUCCCGUCGUCAAUUGACGUUCCCGUCCUGAUGCUAAAUCAGCCUAUUAUUUCUCAUCUCGUGGAGAUCGUUCUUGCCUGUCACCUUGCCUGCUGGAAACAACGAAAACGCCCACUUUAAUCGGUCAGGGGCUGGGUGGGGGAGUGAUCCCGUUGGUGGUCGUCUUACAGAAAUAAUGUCAAACGAAAUACAGUAAACACCCGCGUAUAAGAACACAUGAUUUCGGGGUUAAGGCGGAUCUAGUUCUUAAGUAAGUAAAAUCCUAAAGACUUCCAGGCAACUGUUAUUAAUAGUUAAUUUAUAAUUGUCUAGCAGCAACCAUAGUUACAUUGCUUUCUUAUUCCGACACCCUCUCUCUUAUUAUAUAAGAACAUGUUUUGUAUGUAUAUCAGGCCGAACUGGUUCUGUUUUGUGGGCCAAAUUUCAGCCUAAUUUUCUUAAUCCAUUUGCUCUUACAUGCGGGUGUUUACUCUAUUCAAUAAUUUUGACGCCGAUUGUAGUCUUCUUGCCCUAUAAAAAGUCGUCGUUGUCUGUCUUCGUGGUUUUUCUUUACCUGGGCGUCUGCAUUUCUAUCCAACCUAUCAAAAUUCCUUUGUCUCUGUCCACAGAUGGGCGUUUGGAAUUCUGUUGUGGGAAGUGGGCACACUCGGUAUGUAACAAGCUCAGAGGGGCUAACUUUUUAUCAUUUUAGGAGCUCCUGAUCAUUUCUGAUACCAGUAUGUACCAUUUUGAAGUCUAGUCAUGGUUUAAAGCAGUUUGGACUUGGAUGGGGGUGCAGAUAUUUUAAAACAGUUUAAUUCUCGUCAUUUACCUACAGUAGUCAUGUAGCAGCUCUCCUAACCCUAAAAGCCAAUUGCUUUGAUACCCUAACCGUUAAACAAUGGGGAAUAAUGGUAAACAAUGAUGUGAUAUUGUUUUCUGUGACCUAUGAGGAGACACCUUACGUUCGCAAAUACUUCUGGGACGGUUAGUAGUGAAGGUUAGUGGUCACAUGGCAAAAAAUAGCCAAUAGCAGACCAGCGCGUCUCCAGGAACGAUCCCAGAAUUGAUUGCGGGCACAUUUCGGCUCCAGUUCUCCUCCUGUUUAUAAGGAGUGCAAAUUGAAUGUGUUGCCUUGUUUGUAGGAGGCACUCCAUAUCCUACCAUCGCCAAUCAGAGACUUUUUCAAGUCCUUAGCAGUGGAUAUAGACUGGAGAAGCCUCCAAUGUGCACAGAAGAAACGUGAGAAUUUUUUUUUCGCUCUCUUUGAUAUCGAGACAAUUCUAAUAAGGCAAUGCGAACAAAAGAACACCUUAUCUUUCAUGAUGAGAGUUAAACCCUUUAAACACCCUGAAAUAAAAAUGCAGAUUCUCAAUUUUUGUACCUGUACAUUUCCUAUAGAAGUAGUAGGGAGAAUCAACUCGAUUAAUCUUGUGAGAUCAUGUCUUUAAUUCUCGUCGCCAAUGGGUUUUGUAAAGUAUUGGCAUCACAGGGAGAAAUUUGAUGGUGAUCACUUUCAGAUCUCAGCACAGGUGUUACAGUUUGUUAAAGUGUUUCUUGUUAAAAGACUGAGCACAUUUAUUUAAGCAUUUUUCUAUCUAGCGGAUUUAUAGUUAAGAGCAAUAUUUUCGUAAAUGUUCAGCAAUAUUUAGUGACAAAAGGGAAGGGAUGAAGUGGUUCAAAAUGAAUACCUUGCAUGAUUCCAUAAUAUUUCCGUGAAAAUAAUAAGAAGCUUCAACAAUACAUGAAUUCUCUUUCGCUUUAUAUAUUUUUUUAAAAUAAACUCUUUCCUCUUUCUUGAUAGGUACGAGCUCAUGCGCCUUUGCUGGCACGAGAAGCCAGCCGAAAGACCAUCCUUCACUUUCAUUCACGAACAACUAGAACAGAUGAUGUUACGUCAUUGUUCGUAUUUGGAUUUGAGUAACGCAAACCAGUAUUGUCACGCUCAGUGUUGUGACACUGAUAGUGACGACGUGGAAAACACUGCAUUUUAAAGUAAAAUGCUCCUUAUAAGACUCCUGAGUGGAGUGGAGAAAUCGUCGGAGUACGUAAGUUUGCUUCCUUGGUAGGUUGAAAUUGUACCCGGGAAAUUUUAACAAUUUACGUGGCGAGUUAGCAAAUAAGCAGAUGGGGGUUUACUGCUCUUCGCCUACUAUGGUAUACUACUGUGAUCGUUAGUCUUGUCAUCGUUUAGAAAAAGCGUUAGCUUGGAAGAAACUGAGAAUGGGUCGAACUGCACUAUGAGAUUAUUUUGAGAACGAACGUUUUCACACGACGUCACGGCGGGUGUCGAGAAAUGAACUACUGUAGAAAAGUGCACGCGACAACCUCCGAAAGGGAUGUGGCCAGUGGGCAGUUUUAAGUUCCUUACUUCCGAUUACCGGAAAAUCGUUCAUUCAGGGAAAGCCGUUUGCAAGUUGAUUGCAAGAAAGCAAAAUGUUGGUUCGACAGCUAAACUGUCGGAAAAGUUCUCAACUCAAAGCUUUUGCAUACGUUUUAACUUCUAAACCGUUGUUUCAGAGAAAAGUUGCGGCUUGCCAAAUGUUUUCGAAAAUAAAAGAGCAUAAGUAACUGAGUUGACAGGCAUGUGUUGCACGUGAACUUGAGACUGAAAUAGCCAAUUUUUGAGCUAAUUUUACUUAACGAGUUGACCUACAGGCCUGGUUCAAACGUAGCCAGUUCCCAAUCACAUGUGCGGAAUUCAAUGCUAAUAAGGAAAACCUAUUGUUCCAGCUAACUUGCAUCAGGAAAAGACAGACCCGGCACAUGUAAAGUGCGACGUUUGAACCGGGCCUUGAGGCGUAAUUGUUUUUUAGUUUUAUUUCCGUUCAACCAUCGUACUAAUAUUAUUUCCCUUUCCAAAAAACUUCGUAUUUCGAUACAUUGGCCCUCCAUCUGUACGGACCAUAGGCAUAGUCGGUUUA